AAAAAAAUCAAUUUACGAACGCGCCGUUAGAAUUUUUGCCAAAUUUAGAUCAUACAUUAACAGUGUAACAAUUUAAGACGGUGGUCGAGUACCUAAAUCCAUCUCCCAUGUUAGCGUCAAAUUUCGCGCGGAUUUCUCGAUUAUCAACAACUUGCAUUCGGUGGUGGAUUGCUGUUUCUUAAUUCACGAAUUUACAGGAAAAGACCGUCUUUCAGCCACUUUAAAGGUCAUAAUAGUGAUUUCACAAAACAAUCAAUCAUGAACGAUAGCUUCGGCGCCGGAGGAUUCAGUGCCAAUGCUGGCGCGGGAGGAGCGGCUCAAGAAAAUAAAGCCGAGGGAGUGCUUCCCCUGACGGUCUGCCAGAUACUGGACUCGUCCGAGGCAGGUAUUCAGCUGUUCGGAAUUCAGUACAGCAUGGUUACGUUUGUGGCCAUCGUUCGAAACAUCGAUCACUCGUCUACCAAGAUCACGUACCGGCUGGAAGAUCACACCGGUCAGAUCGAUGCCCACCUGUGGUUGGAAGAGGGUGAUACCAUGAACGUGCCCGGCAUUGUGGCCCACGGAUAUGCCCGAGUUGUGGGCUCGGUCCGAAACCAGGGAGGAAGCAAGGCAGUUAUGAUCUUCAAAAUUGAUCAGGUUAAUUCGCCAAACGAAGUGACCACCCACUUGUUGGAGGUGCUGAAUGCCCGAUUCAAGGGAGAAGAAUAUUCGAAGAGCUCCGGUGCUGGUGGUUCCGGGGGAGAGUAUAGCAGCGGGGCCGGUGGAGACAAGGCCAACGCCUCGAGCGGUGGCUUUAUGGAGAGUGACGGCAACUCGAUGGGACUUACCGGCAAACAGCUGGUGGUGUACAAAGCCAUCAAAAGUCACAUCUCGGAUAUCGGAAUCAGCCGGCAGGAGCUGCAGAAAAAGUUUUCCCACAUCAGCGCCUCGGAGAUGCAGAGCAUAACGGAUUACAUGACCCAGGAGGGAAUCGUCUACACCAGUGUGGAUUCCGAUCACUUUUUGUGCGUUGAUUCGUAAAAGGUAGUAAUGUUAACAACCCUGUACCUAUAAUAUCUAAGUUAUUCUUGUAUUGUUCUCUUUUUCCAAACAUCUUUAAAUACAUUCUGUUUAUGAUUAAGGAAAAAUGUA